AUGCAGACGGCAACCAUAGUUCAGGCGAGUUCGACGAUGACCGGCCAUUUCAUAUUGCCAGGAAACUCAGCGUCUGAGGCUGAUGGGGCCAGUCGAGUUGUUCGGUUUGACAACGAGUGUGUCUUGAUACCAGAGGCUCUGCAAAAGAGACCGUCGUUGAUGGUGACCAAAUCCUAUUCACUACCCUUGUGGAAGAGGAAGGGCCAGCAAACGGAGUCUGACGGGGAGGAUGCGUCUGGUGGCUCACUGGCGCAGAACCAAAGUGCAGAGGAAUCGAGAGUUGUUAUCAAAGUCCCAAUACCUCUGUUCAGACGAAGAUCCUCACGAUCACCGUCGAGGAGCAGAUCAACUUCGCUUUCCCCAAUUAUCACCAAAAGACCACCUCCAUGCCUCGUUCAUAGGGCGCCAUCCUCUUCGCCGACUCUAAUGCCGUUAUCUCCUGUCCGUCGUCCGUCGUUACCCAUCUACCAUCGACCCCAGGAUGCAACAACGGUUCCCUUACGUCCAUGCUGCGAGGCCUGCGAACAUGUUAUGGAGGAAUCUCUCAGAGAAGGCGAAAACUGGCAAGAAAAGUUUUCCCGAGGCGCCAAGCGUAGGCGAAGCGCGAGUCUCGACAAUACCGACAUCAAUUCAUUGUUCAAACUGCCUACGCACACCAAGAGCGCUAGCUACUCAAAGGAAUUCAGCGUCCUUUCCUCUUGUUUGGACGAUGUUGCGGAGUCUUCCCGACAUGGUGCGAAACCUGCCUUUUCGCUAACGGUCGAUGAAGUCGACAAGCGCAGGAAGUCCAUCGAUGCAAGCAGGGAAAAUUUACAGCCAUUCUACGGCUCGGUCGCUCCGCCACCCCCCGGUGCAGGCUUUGCCUCUUUAUCACCAGGAUCUCCUUACUCCGGGCCACGAUACCCUCGUGGAUUGGGCAGAGAACGCGAUUCCAGCUCUUCAUUAUCCUCUAAUUCAGCUGUGGACGAACUUUCUCCCGGAGACAUCCUCGACCCGCGUCACAGAUUACGCUCCUCACCUAUUGAAGAAGAGGAUGAGGCACAACUCUUCCCUCUCCCGUCUCCCAGAAGGUCUCCCAGCGGUACCCCAUCACCCAGGCUUUCGCCCUCACCUAGUCCGAGGAUCUCGAGCUCCGGUUUGCCAGGGCCUGCAGGCAUUACGGUUUCUGCUUCAUCUUCUAAGGAAAGCGUGGCUUCCAAGAUGGGUUCGUCUCAGGAGAGCCUCCUGAAAGCAUCUUUCACGAGGAAACCUUCAGGUUCGCCUGGGACAUCUGCUACUUCAUUACCGCGGUCACCGUCGCCUCUGGGUCUGGCUGCUACGUCCCGAGCAGAGGACGAAGUAGAUGUCAAACCAAUGAAAGGCCUUUCAUUACGCGGUCUGCAGAUCCCGUCGGCCUCUACUACGAGCGAAAGAGCUGCGUCGGGCGUAGCACUCCCUAAAGGCCCUCGCCCAUCCCCUAAUGCUGCGGCGCAGAGAGUAGCAGCUAAAGAACAGGAACAAUCUACGCCUAUUUCGACACCCGAAUCCUCUGCGGCCGUUUCGCAGGAACCACAACGUCUGAAACCUUUAGUCCCGCUUCGUCUCCAAACAGCUCCAAUCCCUUCUGGUUCUUCUCCUAUACCCAUUCCUGGAGCUAAGACGCAGGAACACGAACCAUCCGCUUCCAGUCAUCAUUCCUUUUUCCACUUGCAUUCGCAUUCUCAGUCGUUAUCUUCACCGCCGACUGCUCCUUCCAGGUCCAGUACCAGCCCUGUACGGGGACAUGCACAAGGACAACAGAAGCGCAAGCUGUCAUUCAGUGCCCCGUUCAUUAGAGCGGGAGAAGCACUCCGUGACGCGAGUGUCGACGUGCUAAAGGGUGUCAGUUCCAUGUCAGGGACGGCUAUCUGA